AUGUUCGGAAAAUCCCUCACCGUCGCUAUUCUCCUCAGCCUCAACCUUGUCUCUGCAGGCCCUAUCGUCAAGCGCUCAGUCUUGACUGACCUCCAGGCUGUCUACAGCGAAGUCCAAGUUUUCGACUCGGCUAUCACCAGCUGGAAUGGACAACUCCUUACAGCCCUUCCCUUGCUUAACGAUGUCAGCACCCUCGAGACCGACAUCAAGACUGCCACCACCGACACAAACAACUCGGCCGCCUUUGAUGACGCCGACAGCGCGAGCAUCGCGACUGAGACGCAGUCCUUGUCAACUCUCAUUACGAAAACGCUUAACGAUCUUGUUGCCCAGGCCACUAAAGUCAAGGCCGUCGGCCUCACAAGCACCGUCGAGUCAUCUCUGGAGCAGCUGAAGACCCUCUCUGACGGCCUUAUUACUGCUCUAGAGUCCAAGAUUGAGUCUUCUUACCUGCCCACAGCAACUUCGAUUGCAGCAGCUAUUGACUCCUCCUUUGCGACUGCCAUUGCUGCGUUCGCUUCUUAA